CUUUCCAAUCAGAACUUAAUGUGGUGGCUCGCACUGAGGAAAGUGGACAUUUGCCCCUCCGAGGCUUCACAGUUGUCUGUUUCUUCUCUGAGGUCGUACUUUUUAUAUCAGGAAUAAGAUGGCUUUUCCCGGAUACGGCGCUGGCCCCGGUGGAUUUCCAGGAAUGCAACAAGAUCCUCUCUAUGGUUAUUUUUCAGCUGUUGCUGGUCAGGAUGGACAGAUCUCAGCAGAUGAGCUGCAGCGCUGCCUCACGCAAUCUGGCAUCUCUGGCUCAUACCAACCCUUUAGCCUUGAGACAUGCAGACUGAUGAUCAAUAUGUUGGACAGGGAUCUGUCCUGCACUAUGGGCUUUAAUGAGUUCAAGGACCUGUGGCAGGCUCUGAAUGGCUGGAGGGGGACCUUCGCAUCCUUUGACCGGGACCAGAGUGGGACAAUAGAGGGCCAUGAGUUGCAGCAGGCCAUCAACUCCAUGGGUUACAGUCUGAGCCCUCAGGCUAUGAACUGCAUCAUGAAGCGCUACAGUCUGAAAGGCAGAAUCCCCUUUGAUGAGUUUGUGAGCUGCGCUGUGAGGCUCCGUGCCCUCACCGAUCAAUUUCGAAGGAGGGACACAACCCAAACUGGCAACGCCUCAUUUCAGUAUGACGAUUUUAUCCAGGUCACCAUGAGCAUUUGAAGAGGACAACGAACAGAGGGACACCCACCACUUUAUAAAAUCUGAUAUUAAUGGCAUUUA